GAGCAGGAUGUCAACCAUCGCCUUAGACCACCGAAGAAGAAAAAGACCAAUGUUGUCUUCCGCCGCUGCGAUUCACGUGGUAGAAGAACAGCGUGAGAGCUCCCGUCUCUGUCAGGAGGACGAACUAAGUCGCCAACAUGACACAACUGGACAAUGUGGUAAAGCCAAAGUCAAAGCGCUCCAAGCGCUUCUUAGACAGCAGGGCGCCCAAGCUGAGUGAGGACCUGAAGAGUGCCAUGAUCAUGAAAGGAGGGAACACCAGCCUGACCGUAACCCAGGCCCUCAAGGACCUGUAUUCCCUGAAGAAGCCCAAUGCUGUGCUGUACAAGAAAAAGAACAUUACUCGGCCGUUUGAGGACUCAACAUCGCUGGAAUUUUUCUCCAAGAAGACAGACUCCUCUCUGUUUCUGUUUGGCUCUCACAACAAGAAACGGCCCAACAACCUCAUAUUUGGUCGUCUCUUUGACUUCCAUGUGCUGGAUAUGAUUGAACUUGGGAUUGAGAAGUACGUGUCGCUGAGUGAUAUCAAGGCAAGUAAAUGUCCCGAGGGCACUAAACCCAUGCUUGUGUUUGCGGGAGAAGCCUUCGAUAUAGACAAUGAGCACAAACGUCUCAAGAGUUUGCUCAUAGACUUCUUCAGAGGCCCCACUGUGCCUGCAGUGCGUCUGGCAGGUUUGGAGCAUGUUCUUAACUUCACUGCCCUGGAUGGGAAAAUAUUCAUGCGCAGCUAUAGGUGUUUGCUGAAGAAGUCUGGAUGCAGGACACCACGGAUAGAGCUGGAAGAGAUUGGGCCGUCGUUUGACUUAGUCUUGAGAAGAACACAUCUGGCUUCAGACGACUUGUACAAGUUGGCCCAUAGACAGCCUAAGGCCCUGAAGCCCAAGAAGAAGAAGAACAUUUCCCAUGACGCCUUUGGUACCAAGUUAGGCCGGGUACACAUGCAGAAGCAGGAUCUGUCCAAGCUGCAUACGCGCAAGAUGAAGGGCCUGAGGAAGAGGAGGGGAGCGGUGGUGGACGGAGAGCAGGGUGGACAGGAACCCAAAGUGGCUAAAGUAGAGAGCUGAUGUCCGGGAUGGGACAACUGGACUGCUUCCUCCCCCCGUGCAUGUAGAUCAGUGUCCAGUACUGGACAGUCGCCUUGUUCAUCGCACCGCCCAUGUGCUUAUCAUUGCAGGCUUUUACUGUUGUAAGGACUGUGCAUGUGACUUGGCAUCAGGAUACACUUCUAUUGUACCCUUUCUUUCCUUUGCCCCUGCAGUAUGAAGAUAGUAAAUGAUAUCUUCUGAAUUAUCUGCAUAUGUGUAAAACUCACAUGUCACUAUCAGGAAAUAAAACUUGUCAAUACA